CCCAUAUUUUUCACUUCAGUCUACAUCUACAAUGUUUUGCCUGAAGGAUGGACGAUGCUGUAAAAUGCCACUUGGGGCCAUCUGUGUCUUCCUUUUUCAUCACUUUAUUUUUUUCUUUCACUUAGCACAGUUUUGUGGAGGUGUGUCUCAGGUGGUUGGUCCAUCUGAGCCAGUUGUGGCAAUAGUUGGUGAUGACACUGUGUUACCAUGUCAUCUGGAUCCUGCUGUGAAUGCUGCUGAUAUGACAGUAGAGUGGACACGAUCUGACCUCACACCUAAAUUUGUGCAUGUUUGGCGAGACGGCGUGGAGCUCGUGAAUAAAAAAAAUGAAGCCUACAUGGAAAGAACAUCACUACCCAUUAACAACCUAAAGCUGGGGGACAUUUCACUAAAACUCUCCAAAGUGAAACUGUCAGAUAGGGGAUCAUACAAAUGCUUCAGUCCUGCGCUUAGUGGACAAGCCAGUGUUGAGCUUGUUGUUGGUGUAGUUUCAUCACUUACCAUCACUGUAAUGAGGAACAGUGAGGACAGCGGUAAAGUGGUGUUACAGUGUGAGUCUGCAGGCUGGUAUCCAGAGCCUGAGCUGCUGUGGUUGGACGACCCUCAGAGAUCCUGA